CAACUCUUGUUGUCGACAUUCAUUCUCACGCCAAACCCGCCAACAUGACGAAGCUAAACUCCGGUCUGGCCUCCUCGAGGCGCAAGUCUCGCAAGCUGCACUACGAUGCCCCCUCUGGCACUCGACGACUGAUCAUGAGCGCUCCUCUCAGCAAGGAACUAAGAGAAAAGCACAAUGUCCGCAGCAUCCCCAUCCGAAAAGACGACGAAGUCACCGUUGUGCGAGGCACCAACAAGGGCCGUGAAGGCAAAGUCACCUCCGUCUACCGAUUGAAGUACCUCAUCCACAUUGAGCGAGUGUCCCGCGAAAAGUCCAACGGCCAAUCAGUCCCCAUUGGCGUCCACCCCAGCAAAGUCGUUGUCACAAAACUCAAGCUUGAUAAGGAUCGGGAGAAGCUAUUGGAGAGAAUCUCAAAGGGUCGUGAGGCCGUCAAGUCAAAGUCCUCUUGAGUUCAGUCGGUGAGGCAUGAGCUAGUGUGGUGAUGAACCAAAAAAAAAAGAGGAAACGUGCGACGAUCGAAGCAUUUUCACAAGGGGUUCGUUUCAAGAGAAGAGUUGAACGGAGUGGGAAAGAUAACGUAAGCUCAAGGAUUGAUAGAGCUGCGUCCUACAUACCCGGCGUGGCAUGACAAUCUUGCAUGAAUGGAACAAAUUUCAGACAAAAAAAGGCAUCGAUGCAUU